GUUCCUUAGAAGAGGACCUGGAUGUUGAACUGAAAGAGGGGAUCCCAAUAAGAUCAAUUGACCAGCGAUGGUUGAUGGAGUUGAGGACCUCUCUUUUCAACUUUGAACGGUUCUUUCCUGGCUCAAACCAGAACCGCUGGACGACCUGAAGGUGUAUCCAGGCAGCACCAGACGCGUGCGUAACAGACCAGCCCGUGAAACCAUGGCCUUGCGACCUGAAUCGGUGGAUGACUGGUGCCAGUUGAUGCCCAACUUGUUGGAGGAGAACGGUUGGAACAGUGCCAUGGUCACCUCAGAGGCUGCCUUGAUGAACACCAGCUGCCCCUGGGGGGGUCACCUCAUCAAGUUCGAGCUGAAGGAGAUCGCCAUCCACCACGCGCCGGAGGAGACGGCGAACGUCAUGGUGCGGCCCGAGGUCCGAUCGCUGCAACCGGAUCAGUGCCCCAUCCAGGGCAUCAGUGUGCGCUCGGUGGACUUCGUGGCGCCGGGCGAGGCGGUCGUGGAGGCCACGAGCUCUUGGAGCAUCGUGAGGCUCUGCUCGGUGCUCUUCGGGGACAUGGCCGGCCAGGUGAUGAACUACUUCUUCCGUGAUGCUGAGCCAGUGGCAUGGCACCAAGAGGUACGCCGGAACUAUCCCAAGGCCGGCGACAGCGGCUGCGCCUUCUGGAAGGAAGAGGAUGGUGACGACAGGUCCCAGGAGUUCAUGGUCCUCGUACGGCCUGAUGGGAGGGGCACCUUCACCACCUAUGUGGUGGUGCGAGUCUAUGAGGAUCGCUUUGCGCAGUGGGCCCAGGAGCACUUCAGCCUCGUCUUGAGCUCGGCUCGCAGCACCGCGGUGAGCUAUUUGAACCGCCCGGGGAUCGUAGAGCUUCGGAAGCAGGACGAACGCUUCUACGUGACCAUCUCCAUGCAGAGCUUCAAGCGUGGUAUGCCUUUGUUACCCGCCUUUCCCAGCGAAGCCGCUGUGACUGAAAUUGAUGCUGGAGAGCCCUAUGGGCUUCGGCGCUGGUUGCGCUAUGAGCCGAAUUCGCAGAAGUUCCACUUGUCCUCCUAUUUGCAGGUCUUCCUGGCCCGCUUGGGAUAUCAGGUUGACACCUAUGAUCCUUGGAUUGCGUCAAAUAUAGGGCACCUCAGAGAGAGUGACGCCAGAACAUCACACAUCUCACACGAGCAACGCAGCAGGCACAGAGCGAAGACAGCUGAUGUUGGCGGUCUGCUAAUACAUGAAGAAGCCACAACCCACAAGUCAGUUGGGUUCUUGGGUUCAAACGUCACCACCCACAACCCAUGAAGUCACCUGGGUUGUGACCUGCUAGUCUGCGCAGACACCGUGAAGAACACGACGAGACAACGUUUGUCGAACACGACCUGAAAAACACAACGUUCUGAAGAAGGCCUUCAGGUCACGGGGCCACACGAAGGCUCCAAAGCUCUGAGGAAAGUCACCCGGGAUUGCCAACACACUGCAUUGAUCACUUCUGGAAAGCCAAUUUUUCUGCAAGGCGUUCGCAGUUUGGCGUGCCGUCGAGAAUCUGUUUCUUUCCAGGAUUCUGACGCUUGAUGGCAAAGGCUACUGAGAAAACCCGAGUUCUGCGGCUGAGGAAAGUUUGGAUGGCCAGACUUUGGUGCCCUACCAAUGCGUGGUGCGCCGUGACCAGUGGGAACUUCUUCGCGAGCGCUUUCUGUCGGCCUACGCGCUGCAAAAGACCGCCUAUCGCCGGGCCAAUGGCGGUUCCGGGGCACCAGGAAUGCACGAGGAAGUUGUGCCGAAGUUCGUGGUGCUGCCGAGGGAUGAGCAUCUCCAGGAGCGUUUGGAGAAGGCAAUGGAGCCGCGGUUGGUGGUACGAAAGACCUUCUUCGACUUGGAGGACCCCUCUGAGGAGGAGGAAGAACCACAAGCCCCCUCGCGCCGGCCCUCGCGCCGGCCCAAGACCACUGCGCUUGGGCGACCAGUCCUGGUGGUAUGAGGCAGUUGAAGUUGAGGUGGCCUCGGCCAAGCCAUCGUGGGAUUUACAGCGGCGCUUCUGUAAAGUGCUUGUAGAGAUGCAGCUGCCGCUGAUUUGGCGCCUGUGACAUGCAAGGUUCGGUGGCAGGCCCCUGGUUUAUAUAAUUCGAUGAUUUGAUGAUUUCCUGCCGACUAUGCACUACGCGCUCGUGUAUAUGCUAUAGCCGACCGGGUGAUUCUACAGGUAGAUCGGUAGGACAAUUAUUGCAUCAGGCUGUAAAGAUGCCAGGUUGCUUGGCAAAGGGCGGAUGCACCUUUUGGUGCUGUAGCCAAGUGCACUAGGUGUUUUCCGCUAUGCCCUGAUCAGAUCCCAUCCGCGCAUUGUAUAGUUGCAUUGGUGUGCGACGGAUGAAGCCAGCUCUGAAAA